ACAUCUCCAAAUAAACUACAACUGAGAAUCUUCUUUAUUUUCUCAAAGGAAAAAAAAUGUCGGGUCGUGGAAAGGGAGGAAAGGGUUUGGGCAAAGGAGGAGCCAAGCGUCACAGGAAGGUUCUGAGAGACAACAUCCAGGGAAUCACCAAGCCUGCUAUUCGGAGGUUGGCUCGUAGAGGUGGAGUCAAGCGUAUCAGUGGUCUGAUCUACGAGGAGACACGUGGAGUCCUCAAGAUCUUUUUGGAGAACGUCAUCCGUGACGCCGUGACCUACACCGAGCACGCUAGGAGGAAGACUGUGACGGCCAUGGAUGUCGUCUAUGCGUUGAAGAGGCAAGGGAGGACGCUUUACGGAUUUGGCGGUUGAGGGUCUUUUGAGAUUCGCGUUUGCGUUUCUGGGUUUCUUUUAGGUGUUGUUCUGGAAAUUUCUAAUCAAAUCGUGUUAUUUGCGUUUUUAAUUCUGUUUGGUUACGGUCUUUGUGUGUUGCGGUAGCGUUUCGUUACAUGUAAUGUAAUUACGCAUUUUAUCUAUGAAGCUGUUCGAGUUUAUGAA